ACUAACAUGCACAGUCAUCCAGAUGGCUUAGUCCUUUCUGAAAGUACAGCAAGAGACAGUCUGUGCCCUUGGAGCAGCUGCUCUACAGGGACACCAAGGCUUCGAGCUAUUGCCCUGCCAUGCAAGCAUGCCUUUAGUCCUGGAUUGUCACGGUGUCAUGGUUUGUGGGAGCUGAAAAAGUAACUCACAGCCUGCUCUGUGCUACGAGUGUGGUGAAGAUCUGCCUCAGGACUCUCCAGAACCUGCCACAGCCUAAUGCACCCUCAGGUAGAAACUCAUGUGGCUACGGAGACCAUUCCAGAAACCCCCUGACAUCUUGGUGAGCUCAUCCUGCUGCAAGCUGGUCUCAGCCUGCCUUCACAAAAGGGGCACAGAGAUGUUAAAACGGAGCAUCACCUGGGCCAUUGCUAGACUUGUGAGAGACAUCGAAGCUUCAGCUGGGAGGGCACUGGGAAGUGGUCAGGAAGCAGCACAAAAAUCUGCUGAGUCUUUCUAUUUAAAAGAUUUCAAAUCCCUGCAGAUGUGUUUGUCAAAGGAAGUGGCACACUUUAUGAACUCACAGGAAAAUAACAUGGUUCAUGGGUUUUGUUUCUGCUGAUGGUUUCUGAGCUGCCUCAUCAUUGGAUUUGAGACCAAUAAUAUGAGGGAUCAUCUUGUGAUUUCUAGCUUUUCCAUAGGGCUGAAGCACUCGGCUGGUUGGGGGAAAAAAUCACCAAGAAAGAAGAACCAGUUCUCUAAAUCACUACCUCUCACAGUAGUUGCUGUGGUCCAUAACAGGGGAAAUACUAAGAGAGAGAGUGAAAGCUUUGUCCAUAAAAAUUCUCAUCAGUGUGUUGAAAAUGAGAUCUGUUGUUAUGGAUUCACUAAAGAAGUGGCUGGGUUUCCUAGCCAGCAUCCAAACCCAGUGCAAAAUUCCAUCAUUCAGGCCAGCCCUUUUUACAGUGCCUUACUCUAACUGUUUCAAGUCGUGCAUCUUUUCUGCAUUCUUAGCAUUGCUCUCCUUAGAGAGGGAAUGGUAGCUUUUGCUCCAUAACUCUUAUGAAAGCAUGAAUACACUUUAAGCAAACAAAACCAAAAAUCAGCAUAAAACAGCGUCUUGUUUGGGAAGCCAUCAAUGCUUGAAGUUAUUUACAAGAUAGAAGAGUGAUGGAAAUUGAGCCAAACCUAUCGUCUUUUGAAUUUCCAGGAGACAAAAUGUUAAAGAACGAAAACUCAGAAAAGAAUGUAGAAAAUCAAGAGGAUGCAAGGGGAGCACUCCAAUUCACUACCUUAAAGCAGGGGAAGAGCCCCUACAAGCGCAGCUGUGACGAGGGGGAAUUCCACCCCCAAACAAAGAAAAAAAAAAUUGACCUCAUCUUCAAAGAUGUCCUGGAGGCUUCUUUGGAGUCUGCCAAGUUUGAAGAGAAUCAGUUAGCAUCAAGUACACCACUUUCCCUCAGAAGAGCAUCUAAAUACCAGGCUGAAGACAUCUUUGAGCAGUGUGGCAGUGCCAUGCAGCAUGGCUCCCUGACCCUCAGCAGAAACCAGAGGGAGAGCGAAUGGAGGGUCCCUCACAGUUCCUCUUUCAUCUCAGCCAAGGACAUGAGCAUCCUUGAAGAUGAGGAAGAAGAGCCCCUGUCACUUAAAGCAGACAGCCCAACUGAGCUGUCACUGGCCUCUGCACAAGGCAACUCCCAUGAGAUCCCCACCACAUCCUUCUGCCCCAACUGCAUCCGGCUGAAGAAGAAAAUCCGGGAGCUGCAGGCUGAGUUAGACAUGCUGAGAUCUGGGAAGUUACCCGAGGCACCCGUGUUACCGCCCCAGGUACCCGAGCUCCAAGAGUUCUCAGACCCCACAGCUUCGGAAAGCAUCAUCUCAGUUCCCACCAUCAUGGAGGACGAUGACCAAGAGGUGGAUUCUGCUGAUGAAUCAGUUUCCAAUGACAUGAUUGCUGCUACAGAUGAGCCUUCUAAGAUGUCUUCUGCGACGGGCCGGAGGAUACGGCGGUUCAAGCAAGAGUGGCUUAAAAAGUUUUGGUUUCUGCGGUACUCCCCGACACUGAAUGAGAUGUGGUGCCAUGUCUGUAGGCAGUACACAGUGCAAUCUUCUCGGACUUCAGCCUUCAUCAUUGGCUCUAAGCAGUUCAAGAUACACACGAUAAAGCUUCACAGCCAGAGUAACCUCCACAAGAAGUGCCUGCAGCUUUACAAGCUCAGGAUGCACCCAGAGAAGACAGAAGAGAUGUGCCGAAAUAUGACCCUGCUCUUCAAUACAGCCUACCACCUGGCCCUGGAGGGCAGGCCCUACUAUGACUUUCGGCCUCUGGCAGAACUACUGAGAAAGUGUGAACUCAAGGUGGUGGAUCAGUACAUGAAUGAAGGAGACUGCCAGAUCUUAAUUCACCAUAUCGCCCGGGCACUCAGAGAGGACCUGGUUGAGCGCAUCCGGCAGUCUCCCUUCCUCAGCAUCAUUCUGGAUGGGCAGAGCGAUGACUUGCUUGCAGAUACAGUUGCAGUCUAUGUGCAGUACACCAGCAGUGAUGGGCCUCCAGCAACUGAAUUCCUGUCUCUUCAGGAGCUAGGCUUUUCUACAACAGACAGUUACCUUCAAGCAUUAGACCGGGCUUUUUCCAGCCUGGGAAUACGACUGCAGGAUGAAAAGCCAACUAUCGGCUUGGGAGUUGAUGGUGCUAACAUUACCGCCAGCCUGAGAGCCAACUUGUUCAUGACAAUCAGAAAGACCUUGCCCUGGCUCCUCUGCCUUCCCUUUAUGGUGCAUAGGCCCCACUUGGAAAUUUUGGAUGCAAUUAGUGGGAAGGAGCUACCAUGUCUGGAGGAGCUAGAAAACAAUUUGAAGCAACUGCUCAGUUUCUAUCGUUAUUCUCCCCGACUCAUGUGUGAGUUAAGGGUCACUGCUGCCACUCUGUGUGAGGAGACCGAGUUCCUGGGGGACAUUCGAGCAGUGAAGUGGAUCAUUGGGGAGCAGAACGUGCUCAACGCUCUCAUCAAGGAUUACCUUGAGGUUGUAGCCCAUCUCAAAGAUGUCAGUGGCCAGACCCAAAGGGCAGACGCUUCUGCCAUUGCCUUGGCCCUCCUGCAGUUCCUGAUGGACUACCAGUCGAUUAAACUCAUCUACUUCCUGCUGGAUGUGAUUGCUGUGCUUUCACGCCUUGCCUACGUCUUCCAAGGGGAGUACCUUCUUGUGUCACAGGUGGACGAUAAAAUAGAGGAGGCCAUCCAGGAGAUCAGCCGGCUAGCAGACUCCCCUGGGGAGUACUUGCAGGAGUUUGAGGAGAACUUCCGUGAAAGCUUUAAUGGCAUUGCUGUGAAAAAUCUACGGGUGGCUGAAGCCAAAUUCCAGUCGAUCAGAGAAAAGAUCUGCCAGAAGACCCAGGUGAUCCUAGCCCAAAGGUUCGAUUCCCGCAGCCGGACAUUUGUGAAGGCCUGUCAGGUAUUUGACCUUGCAGCUUGGCCCAGAAGCACUGAUGAGCUCAUGAGCUAUGGGAAGGAGGAUAUGGUACAAAUAUUUGAACACCUGGAGACAGUCCCAUCAUUUUCCAGAGAGGUUUGCCGAGAGGGGAUGGACACCCGAGGGAGUCUGCUGAUGGAGUGGCGAGAACUCAAGGUGGAUUAUUAUACCAAAAAUGGUUUUAAAGACUUGCUCAGUCACAUUUGUAAAUACAAACAGAGAUUUCCCCUCCUAAAUAAAAUAGUUCAGAUCCUCAAAGUCCUUCCCACCUCUUCGGCCUGCUGUGAGAAGGGGCGCACCGCGCUGCAGAGAGUGCGCAAGAACAACCGCUCUCGGCUCACGCUGGAGCAGCUCAGUGACCUGUUGACGAUUGCUGUUAACGGGCCGCCCAUUGCCAACUUCGAUUGCAAAAGGGCACUCGAUAGCUGGUUCGAGGAGAAGUCAGGCAAUAGUUAUGCGCUCUCGGCCGAAAUGCUGAGCAGGAUGUCAUCUCUUGACCAGAAGCCGAUGUUGCAGAGCAUGGACCAUGGCUCUGAGUUUUACCCUGAUAUUUAGGAAGGAAUGCCUCAGAUCAGAUAAUUUUUUUAAUCUAUACUCUAAACUUUGAUAUAUUAUAUAAAAUAUAUAUAUUAUCUAUAUUAAGGAAAAACCCACACUGAAAAUUUAAGACGAUGUGCGUCUGAUAGAAGCUAAGCAGAAUUUUAAAGAUUGAGACAAUGUUUAGACAUUUACUGGUGUCUCCAACCAUGGCAGCUGCAAUGUAGGUGGCAACAUUUCAUUCUUUAGAAGCAUGUGCUGGGGCCAUACUCUACAUGUUCAAACCUAACAACCUAUAAGCUAGACAACGGGUCUUUGUCAGCCUCAUCCUCCCAGCGGUUUCCUUUGUAUGUGUGUUGUCAGUUUGCUGGGUUGUUUUUUGUUUUGUUUAGUUUCAUUUUGGGGUUGAUUGUUUGUUUGUUUGUUUGUUUGUUUGUUUGUUUUCCCCUCAGUUUCAAUCUCUGCCUCUCUUUCCAUUGUUCAGCCCAGUUAUUGAGCCAUUUGAGCCUUUUGUUGGCAACCAUCAGAUUUCUGAUUUCUGACAGAGCAUCCCGUGUGUUUUGUUGCCCCUAGCUCCACCCAGUUCUCUUCAGUUGAGUGGAAGCUUUCUUCACUCAAAAAAUUACUGACAGGAGAGGAGGGCUGGGGGCAUUAUUUUUGGUUUUUAUUCUGAUUUAGAAACAAAUGCCUCCACUAUACUGUGAUGACCCUUUCUCAGUUCUCCCUACCUUUGGGCUGUAGAGUAAUACUUGGCUUUCAGCUCCUUUUAUGAUAACCAUAGUACAAGUCUAUCAUACAUAUGUUAUAACAUGAUGUCAUGUGCAGACUAUAAAAUAGCAAAAUAGAGAAGGCAGGGGGAAAUUUUUGCAUUUAUAUUUUUAUAUUGUAUGAGAUAAAUAUAUAUAUAUAUACAAAUAUUCAUUCAAAACCAGGGCUGCUGUGGAAGCUAGACAGCCAAUGAGUCGAGAGCCACCUCUGGGCGGAGAUUCAAAGGCUUAAAAAAUUAUAAUCUAAUUUACAUUAUUUAUACCAUGUCUUUAUAAUCCUAGAUUGUUGUGGGGCUUUUGUUUUGUUUUGUUUUGUUUUGUUUGGAAUGACUGAAAGAAAAACCUGCUGCAGUUUGGUGGCAGGAGCUAUCAAUGCAAGAUUAUCUUGGAUUAUAUUCAUGUGUGAUGUCCUACAAAGGUUCACGUACUCUCUUGUGACCAAGGUAACAUGUUCCACAGCACAGCAGACUGAUGAUAGCAGGAAGAAGGGAUGCUCUGCUUCUUCCUGCAAGUUAUUUCUUCCUUUCUUGAAGGAAUGCGGAGUCCAUCUGAAAUGUGAAUGGGGGACUUGCACCUUCCAUCACAGAGAGAUUGUUUUGUGGGCUUGGGGCUCUUCUUUGUUUUAUUCUUUUAAAGUAAACAAGCUCCAUCCACACAAUAUCACUUCAGGUUAGAAAAGAG